GCUGAUAAUCCAAGAAUUCAAUUUCCAGAAAUGGCAAAUCUUCCCGAAAAUACUGGAGAUAUUAAUGCAGCCUCACAUUUUGACCCUGGAGUUCCACAGCAGAAGCCAAUGGGAAAUGCUCCCGUUCGGGAUAAUAGGCUGCAGCAAAGACAGAAUGGGAUACCCUCAAAUAUGCCUGCAGCACCUGCUGCUGCCCCUCCUAUGAACAACGUUCCUCCUGGGAUGAGAAACCAGAAUCAAUUAGCCCAGAGUAUGCCUCAAAUGCCAACAGUCGGAAAUCAGCGUUUAAAUGGUGGACCUCAGAAUAACAAUAAAACAGGAGGUGGGCUUGACUUCAGAGAUGAUGCUUCCAGAGUCUCAAUGUCAAGAAUGAAAAGCUCUUACGGAGAAGAGCUUAAGAAGCAGAUGGAGGCAGACAAGAGGAAGAAGAGAAAAAGCAAAGAAAGAGACCUUGAUGAGGAUGUCGACUUCCUCCAAGAAUCUUUCAAUUAUCAACCAUUCGGAAAGGGUGGUGCCGGAGCUCCGUUAAGAGAUCAGUUUGGAAAUAUGAUCACAUCGAGAAAGCCUCAGAUGAGAGGAGAUCAUGAGAGGCAGCAUUUUAAGAGAUUUCUUAACAAAAGUUCAAGAGGAAGUUCAAGAGCUAGUAGAAGGAGCAUGCAUGGAAGAAAGAAUCAUACAACUAGAAAUGAUAGGUAUGAUGAGUUUGAAGAUGACGAUGAUUAUGGGGCAGAGCCAGACUUGAUUGCAGCAGGUCCUAUUAGCAAUACUACAGCUCAAACAGCAGCACAAAUGGCGAGUAACCGCUUCUUUAAGCCAGACUAUAUUGUUAACGUUGAGCCCAAAAAGCAGAAGAAAGCUCCAAGAAUGCCUGCAAUGCAGGCUCCAAGAGCAGCAGAGCCUCAACCUCAGCCCCAGCCUCAAGUGAGCUAUCAGAUUGUGCAGCCCCAAGUAGAUUGGGCAGCUUGGAGAAACGAAUUAUUUGCUUUGCUUCAAUGGGAACGUUGGCAAAGAGAAGAGGAAGAAAAACGGAGAAAAUACCAGUGGAUGAACGAUGAAGAAAAAUAUAAAAACGAGCGAGAAGCCAUGGAAAGAGGAUUUCAGAGAGAUCUUGAAGACCGGCGUCGACAAUUCAUGGAUAUCCAACAAGAAAAUUUAGAAAGAAUGCAAGAUUACUGGGAGCACAGACAUGAUGAAGAAAUGAGAAGAUGGGAAGAAAUGAUGGCUCAUCCCAGGUAUGUUCAAUAUCUUGACAGAGAUAAUUCUGUCAAGCUAUCUCAGGCCUUCGUUGAUCAACUAGGAUCUACAAUGAGACUUGAGUUAGAUAAAAUCAAAGGGAAUAUGGAUGAAAGAGAUCUAGAACUUUUGAAGCAAAUCGCUUCACUUAAGAAAGAUGCCACAGUUGCUGAUCGAGAAAGAUUUGAUUCACUGGCUGAAGUUGAUAGAAUGAGAGGUGAACUUGAGAACCAGAAAGCUCUUGAUGGAAUAAGGCAUAAAUAUGUGUAUAAUACUUUACUGUGGGAUAAAUUAAUGGACCAUAAAAUGAGGUACCCUGAAUGAAAACCUAAAUAUAAGGAUUUUGAUUACAGUAAAAAGUAUGCUGUUGAGAAGUCGAUAGUAGACUCCAUUCCAACAGUUCCAGAUGGAGAAAAAUUUAAGCUAGAUAGUCUUGACAAAGAAAGAAUUAAAAUUGACGAUAUUAAUCAAAGAAGUAAUGACUUUUUAGCCCAAACUAUUAAUGACAAAGCUAGAGUUGAAUUGGAUAAACUUGAUUCUGAUUUAUUUAAAAAUGCAGGCUCAAAGACAUAUCGGGAUGCUCAUGAUGCCUACUCUCGGAUGGGAGGACUCAAAACUGGAGAACAUCAAGUAAAUUACAAAGAAUUCUAA